CGUCACGUGACGGGGGAGCUGCUGAUGUGACGGGUCCACAGUUGCUGCUAGCGCCUGUUAGCUACUUUGUUGACUUUCUUAUUUACUCCAAGCUUGUCCGAAAAGUGAAGCAAUAAUGGACAACAGCGGGAAAGAGAAGGAAGCCAUGGCUUUGAUGGCCGAGGCCGAUAAGAAAAUGAAGUCGUCACAGUCGUUUUUCGGAGCGCUGUUUGGGGGUUCCUCCAAGGUGGAGGAGGCUUGUGACAUCUACGUGAGGGCAGCCAACAUGUUUAAAAUGGCCAAAAACUGGUGUGCUGCAGGAAAUGCGUUCUCCCAAGCCGCUCACCUCCACCUGCAGAUGCAGAGCAAACACGAUGCGGCGACUAACUUCAUCGAUGCUGGAAACGCCUUCAAGAAAGCUGAUCCGCAAGAAGCGAUAAACUGUCUAAACAGAGCUAUUGAGAUCUACACCGAUAUGGGCCGUUUCACCAUCGCAGCCAAACAUCACAUCUCCAUCGCUGAAAUAUACGAGACAGAGCUGGUGGACGUCGACAAGGCCAUUGCUCAUUAUGAGCAAGCAGCGGAUUAUUACAAAGGAGAGGAAUCCACAAGUUCAGCAAACAAGUGCCUUCUUAAAGUCGCCACCUACGCAGCCCAGCUGGAGCAGUACCCGAAAGCUAUUGAGAUCUAUGAACAGGUGGGGACCCACGCAAUGGACAGCACGCUGCUGAAAUACAGUGCCAAGGAUCAUUUCUUCAAGGCAGCGCUGUGCCACUUCUGCGUAGACAUGCUGAAUGCCAAACUUGCUGUGCAGAAGUAUGAGGAGAUGUUCCCAGCGUUUUCAGACUCCAGAGAGUGCAAAUUGGUCAAGAAACUUCUCGAUGCGUAUGAAGAACAGAAUGUGGAUGCCUACACUGACGCGGUGAAGGAGUUUGACACCAUCUCUCGGUUGGACCAGUGGCUCACCACGAUGCUCCUCCGCAUCAAGAAAACCAUACAAGACGACGAAAGCGACCUGCGCUGAUUCGCCUCCGCGCUCGCAAACAUCUUGCAUCCUCCUCCUUUUUGCCUUGAGCCUCUCACUUCCAUCAUAGCGACCUUGAUUUUCCUGACUAUAAGCCCUCAUUUACCUCCUCAGAUUCUGUGUUCUCUGAUCUGCCGUCUUCAGUAUUUCUUUUCCUCCCCGUCGACACAGCCCUCCAUGUAGGAUGGUCUUUUUAGGAGUGAACACUACUUUCCUGAGUGCACGCCGCACACAGUUUCUUCUCUGUUGUUAAGAUCCAGCCUGAUUCUAAGAUAUUCAUCAAUAGGCUGCAGUCCUGAACAGUUAAACCAGCACAUCUGUUAUAUUUUCAUUAUUGGGAAAUGAGUGAGAAGAUGCAGAUUUACUAACACUUGUAAAAUAUAUUUUCCCCCAGAAUGUGCUUUAAAUUAAAGUAACCAAAAGGCCACUGUUGACUGAAGCACUCUUGUUUUGUUUUUUGUUGUUGUUGUUCCGAGUGCUUGAGCCGAUCGUAUCGUAUCAGGGCCCGGCUAUUUAAAACAGCACUUCAUCUCAGCUUCACAGAGGCCAAGAGUUUCAGUAUAUUUCAGCAAAAGCAUCCCCUCUCCUCUGCCUUAUACGCUGAGAAGUUCUCAGGAUGUCAGCAGCUGGAUUUGACGGCGAUUUGAAAGAUCGUGCUUUUAUAAGCAUCGGUGAUUAAUUUGUUUGUGUGACUUCCAUUUAAAGUGCUUUUAUUCCACGGAAAAGAUGAUGAAAGUUGCCCGUCAGCUUGGCACGGGUUGUGUGAGUGAGAAACCCCAAUCAGCAGGCUUGUUUUGUUUUGUUUUCCCGUUGUGUACGAGUGUCUCCUUUUCUUUUUGUUACUGUCUUGAGUUUGUGUUCUUAUGUCACAAAAUGCACAGGCUGUGAAGAAAAUCUAUUUUUGAAGCCUUGCAAACGAUGCAAUACAUGAAAGAAAGGAAUGAGCUUUACUGAUCUGAACACUGUGCUCACGUUACCCUCCUGAUGACUGUCAGUGGACAACAUUGGUCUUAAAUAAUUUGUGAUGUUUCCUGUAUAAAAAAGAAAAACCGUUUGAAUAAAGCAUCCUGGGCAUGGCCUCCACUUCC